AUGAGGCAUACGGACGGGCAUGCCGUGGGGAUGAUGGGGAAGAUGUACGAUUUGAUGCUGCAGUUGACCGAGGACGUGGGGGACUUGCUCGAUGCGGACGAGGAGCAGCUGAGCAACGGGGACAAGGACCAGAUCCGCCGCAUCCUCAGAGACCGCUGGGACGGCAGCCUUGCAUGCGCUAUGCAUGUCGCUGGCCGCAUCCUCAACCCCGCCAAUCAGGAGGAAGAUAUUUUCGGCACUGAUCCCGAGUGCACGAGUGUCUUCAAGGCGUUCAUCAGCCAACAGGCCGAGGUCCUUGAGAGCCGCGGGGAUGGAGGGAUGACGCCUUACCCAUUCUCCUCCCAUUCCUGUCGCCUCUCCCCUUCCAUCCUCUCUCAUCCUCUCCCUUACUCAUGA